AUGAAAGAAGUCUACUACGCCGGGGUGGAUGUCGGAACGGGAUCCGCCAGAGCAGUGAUCAUCAACCACGAGGGCGACAUUCUGGGGUUGUCUGAACGGCCCAUCACCAGACACGAGUUGAAGGAGAACCACAUAACGCAGUCGUCGACGGAGAUCUGGAACGCCAUCUGCUACUGUGUGAAGUCGGCGAUCUCGCAGUCCGGAAUCGACAACUCCAAAGUGCUUGGGAUUGGGUUUGACGCCACGUGCUCGUUGGUGGUCGCCAACGAGGAGAACAACACUCCGAUGCCUGCCGGUCCCGAUUUCCAGAACGAUCUCGAAAACGUGAUCCUCUGGAUGGACCAUCGGGCACAGUUCGAGACAGAUGAAAUCAACGCAACCGAGGACGAGUGCUUGAAGUACGUCGGAGGCAAGAUGUCCAUCGAGAUGGAGUUGCCCAAGAUCAAGUGGUUGAAGAGGAACAUGCCGGAGGGCAUGUUCCAGUCCUGCAAGUUCUUCGAUUUGCCGGACUAUCUCACAAUGAAGGCGACGGGGAAGGAGACCCGCUCGUACUGCUCCGUUGUGUGCAAACAGGGCUACAUUCCAAAGGGGAUCACGAGCAGAAACGGCUGGUCUGCCGAGUUCUUGAACAAAAUCGGCCUGCCGGAGUUGGUUGCCGACGACUUCUCCAAGCUGGGCGGCUUGGACGGCGUUAACGGCUCGUACAUCUCCGCCGGGGAAACCAUCGGCGUGUUGACGCCGGAGUCGGCUAGAGCCUUGGGGUUGACGACCGACUGCUGCGUCGGCUCCGGCGUCAUCGACGCGUACGCCGGAUGGAUGGGCACCGUUGCCGCCCCUACAAACGUGCCUAUUCCGGAGUUGAUCCAGCAGGAUAAGGACAAGGAGGGCUUGAGCAAAGGUGUUGGUAGGUUGGCUGCCGUGGCCGGCACGUCCACCUGCCACAUCUGUCUCGAGGAAAAGGCCGUCUUUGUUCCUGGGGUCUGGGGUCCGUACAGAGACGUGAUCGGUAAGAAUUACUGGGCCGCAGAGGGCGGCCAGUCCAUGACUGGUGCGUUGCUAGCGCACGUGUUGUCGACGAGCCCAGCGUACACGGAGUUGGGAGUCCUCUCUGAAAGCUCGAACUUGUCGAAAUUCGAGUUUUUGAACUCAAGGUUGGAGAACUUGAAGACGCUGAAGAAGGAACGGUCUGUUGUUGCCCUUGCGAAGAAUCUCUUCUUCUACGGCGAUUUCCAUGGAAACAGAUCGCCAAUCGCAGACCCGAACAUGAGGGCCUCCAUUAUCGGGCAGUCGAUGGACGUGUCUCUCGAUGCGCUUGCUAUCGAGUAUUUGGCUGCCUGUGAGUUCAUUGCUCAGCAGACCAGGCAAAUCGUUGAAAGGAUGGAGGAGUCGGGCCACAACAUCAAGGCCAUCUUCAUGAGUGGAGGCCAGUGCAGAAACGGGUUGUUGAUGAGACUCUUGGCAGAUUGCACAGGCGUCCCGAUCGUCAUCCCAAGAUACAUCGACGCAUCUGUGGUCUUUGGCACCGCAAUGCUUGGUGCUGUCGCUGCGGAAGACGCAAUGGAGCUCCUCAGAAACAAGAAGGGCAUGUCUUUCCCUUCUUUGAAGGGCAAGAAGGAGCCACUCAUGCCCACAGACGAGAUUCCUCCUUCUCCUUACACAGCCCCCACUGCCACGGCCUCUGUCACCUCCGUCAGCGCAUUGAACAAAAAAGACGGCUUCCCCUUCCCAAUCACCACGUUAGCGGGCUCGGGCGACAGCUUGAGAGAAAAGCGUGCCGGUAGGGGAGACAAGAAGGACGACGAAACCGAGGACGACGAUCUCAUCACCUUCGGUGCACACUCAAACGCCCAAGCCAUUGCAACAGAAAAGCUUCGUGCCUCCUCACCGCUACCACCUUCUAGCAAUGAGUCCGCAUCCGAGAAGCUCUGGCGGGUCAUGUGUAGGUUAUCCAGCACAGGAAACGUCAUCUUCCCUUCGGACAUCACCCAUCCCGACCGGAAGUUGUUAAACACAAAAUAUAAGAUCUUUUUGGACCAGAUUGCCACCCAACAGAAAUACAGGGCAAUGGUCGCCAAAACAGAGUCAGCCAUUCAGAGCUACCUUUCUAUCUAA